CUUAUGUUUAAUCCAAAAUUUUUCAGAUUCAGUCGUGUCGAACUGUCUUGAAGUUCGUUUAAGAAAGUACCCGAUGCAAUAAAACUCACACUUUAUUAAGAGGAUUCUUGUCCGUGCUUUUUAGAGAUUUCCUCUUAGACCACGACAAUUGAAGCAGCCACUAACACUGGCCACUCUUCCUGUAAGAAUAAAAUUUAGGGGAUUAUCUACACCCACCAGAAGGUGCUGUGACGCGAACUUCGAAGAGUUUUUAGAAGUUCGUUUUGAUAGCGAAAAAUUGAUAGCUAUGGAAGAAAAUAAAGAAUUUCACUACACUGUUGUAAAAUCUAAGCAAUUAUCUCAACAUAAUUCUCACUUGUUGUAAAAUUUUAAGCAAUUAUUCUCACUUUGUUGUAAGAUUAUAGCACCAAAACUAUAUCACAAAAUCAAGAUUGACACACAAGCAUGGACUACAUGUACAAUUAUUGUGACUGACCUGUCGUAUUUAGUUCGAUAGCAGAAAAAAGAGAAGCAGCCUACCGACUUUUUGCAAAAACAUCAAUUUUGAUUUUCCAAUGCAAAACAAAUAACUCGACGCUAUUGCCAGAGUCAGAAACCAGCAAUUUCCCUGUCAACGCGGUUAACGCACACAAAAAUAUCAACAACGCUGAACAAAUAUUACGGAAUACCGAAGCCACCUACUACUGCUUGCGAUUCUACUCCAGAAGUAAAACGACACAAAAUGACGCAGAUGGAAUAUCGCGCACGAGCGCACAACUCACUGUCGCGGCGAUUGGUGGCCACUGUUGCCACCGUGCUGAUCGCAAGCUUUUCGGAAGUAGCCUCGGGGCGCAGGAGAGCUGCAUUCAAACCUGAAGACGUUGAACUCCAGCGUCCGGUGGAAGAAGGCACCAGAGCUACUAGAGACCGAUCGCGGUCUCCGCCUUCGACUUCGCGAGUGGCGGCCGCUGACGAGAGCAAUGGUGAGAGCGCUGCUGCGUCUUCGUCCUCCUCUACCUCAUCACCCCUGUACCGGCCGCGCGCCUCUCUUGCUUCGCCCGGAUCUAAUUCCCGCGGCGGUGCGAGGCAGGAUCAUGGUGGGUUGGAUCUCUCGGUGCUAGACCAGCAAUAUGGCAGCUCCGGACGUGGUGCUGGUCGGCAGCUUUACGCCGCACAUUCAUCCAGGCCAUCGAAGCACCCACCGGUGCCGCGUGGUGCGCCGCGCGCGCUGGCCCCAAGUGCGGAUCCUGCUUCCGUCGCCACUACAACCGACCUUCUUCUGAAAAAGGAUUUUGAAAGCGAGCCGGAUGGAGACCGCCUCUUCGCCAACAAGGACGUGGUCAAGCACUUCUUCGAGUCUCUUUGGAACAACUUCGAACUGAGCUGCAAAAAAUCCGGACGGUACUCCAACAAUGGGUGUCUGAAGCUGGGGCACCACCUCUUAGGAUUUCAGUACGUCCAGCACAGCAACCCUGCUGCUCUAAAAGUCGACGACCCCGUGUCGACUGGGAAAGCCAAAAAAUCCGGUUCCUGGGUGGCGGACCCAAAAGUGCAGCACGAGCUGGUGGUGGAGGUGCUACACCGAUUUUUGAAGAGGGUCGAGGAGCUUGGGGCAAUUUCGCCGACGGAGGAGGAAGGGGCGAGCGGUGGUGCUAGUAGCUCUGGUUCAUCAUCAUCAUCAUCAUCAUCAUCAUCAUUAGCAUCAUCGUCAGGACAACAGCAUCAAGUAUUGCCAGGAGGAGAACGACAACUGCAACUAUCAGUGGAGCAAGGCGGUGGUGCAGGUCCAUCAUCCCCAGAAGCUGUAGACCUUGAAAGCGGGCGGGGGCAACAUGUAAUUGCUGCGUCCCCGGCAACAUCAUCAACGUCACGCGUGGCGACGGGUCGUCCAGCCCGCGAGGCCGAGCGAAUCCGGGAGAUUUUAAAACUCCUUGGAAGUGCAGCCGACCGAUCGGGUGGCUGCGUAGUUAGCUCGACGGCGUUGUGCGAAUGGGUCACAGACGAUCUGGAGCAGCUGCACCUGCAGGUCCACAGAGAAAAGGAGGAAUUGAGGAGAUUGAAGGAAUGCCCGGUAAUGGGACAAAGCAUGCACGACGCGCAAGUGCUUGAUGAUCUUCCGUACAGCACAACAGGGCGGCCACUGCGUUAUGUGACUAACGAGGGACAGGAUGAAGAGCUAGUAGUCUCAUGGGAGGGGAACGGUUUGUACACGGGAGCCGAAUACCCCGUUACGAGGACAUCCACAUCUUUUCCCGAUGGAACGGGCGCCGCGGACCUGAGUGCCUCCGACAGGGCAGAACUCGAGCAGAAGCAACGGUUGCUGCGGCAGGCCCUGCAGCUUGCGGUCAACGAUUUUUUCCAGGAGCGCGUUCACAAUUUUGUUUGGGCCGACGCGGGGCGCGACGCCGUCAACGUUGCGAAAAGCCUAGCGGGGUGGGUCUGCCGGGAAUUCGUCACCUUUGGGCUGAUCAACAUUGUCGUGCAGUACGGGCCCGGCAUGACCAGCGCGGACAUUCUGGCUCCGGGUGCCGCAGGAGCCACCGCUGCGGGCGUCGUCUCGGCAGUCGCCACGGCCCGGCGGGCCAAGGCGUCCCUGUCGAUCGUCGCGGCGCUCACCUACUCGACCAAAGCGUUCUGGCGACCGUUUGCCGACUCGUGGAGGCUGCCUGGCCGUUUGAUGGAGACCGUGUCACGGUGGACCUUUUACUUCACGCUUGGGCAGUGGUUCCCCGGCUGCCAGACCGGGGCCGGCACGGCGUUGCGCUGGACCGCUUCGGCGUUGAGCUUUGGGAACGCAGCGGCCCGGCCGAUGAAACCGCUUCUCCAGCGCUACACUGCCACAGCGCCGUUGAAAAAGGUAUUGACCUUGCUGAAGUUCUUCACAUGGAGGUUGUUUUCCGAGAAAAGACAUUGGCUAUAAGUUGUCGCAGAAAAUGAAAAUGACUGUCAAAUGAAAAGCUAACACGAAGCGCAAAAUAAUAAUUGUGCCCAUCAUGAAUGCAAAUGGAAAUUUUUUUUUUAUUUUUACGUAGAAGUAGGUUGGCGUUAUACAACUAUCACUUCAUCGCAUUAUCCACAGACCCUCGACGAAGACGCUGCCCAGAUUUACAAGGUGCUGAAUGAUGUGGCUCCGCGGGAACCCUUUCAAAGGCGAGUGCUGGAUAACUUGCUCCAAUGGAUGACGGAGCGAGAGGCGCGGCAGCAACUAAGGGAGGCGCAGGAAGACGGGCAAGUAGGAUCUAGUACAGCUACACGAGCUCGAGCGCUGGCUGCGAGGGCCGCGAGCGGUGACGACGAUGACGGGGCCUUUUUCGCGUUCCAAAAAGUCCAGGAAUCCAAGGAGGCAUUUCUCGAUUUGUAUUCCACGUCGCUGACGAUUAUGCCGCUGGCGCAACUGUUCCUUCACUGGUACAGUGGCAGUUGGGAAUCGUCUUUCGCAGUUCUGCACGAGGACCCGGAGUUUCACAAUACCCUGUUGCGCGCCGGGAUUUUGUUUGCCCUCACUUCGAGCGCCGCCAAGAGCGGCUUAGCGAAUCUGGUGGCGGCGCUGAAGCCGGUUCUUUACCAGGCGUUUGUAUCUGGCAAAACUACGGGUUCUUCGGGAGGACGUCUUCCCGCGGAGAAGGGAAGCAACAAGGUCGUGCAGGGUGAUGAAAAAAAAGAAGGAUCGAUGACAGACAAACAGAAACAAUUUCGGACCCUGGUUGUCGUGAGCGCCGCGGCGGCCGCAGCGGUAGCCCUGUACUACACCGGCUCCACACUGACCGCGCAAUGCGAAGGCAGUUGGAACUACGACGCGGGACUCGUGCCUUUCGCGAAAACGCAGACGCACGUCGUGGACCAGUCGUUUUGCGCCGACGGUGCGCAAAUUACGCUUGGUAGUACCCCCGCACAGCGGUUAGAAUGGGAAUUGGGGUUCUGUCAGAGGUCCUCGGCGUUUCGGAGACAAACCAACGAAUUUCUAAAAAAGUGCAGGGAGGUCCAAGAAGGUUUACAGCAGCAAGCUCAACAAGCAAAAGGACCACAAGCUCAGGCUUUAGGUGGACAACUACAACUUCUCCGUGGCGCCACGUCAGCACCCGGGUCAGCAGCUUCGUCGGCCGCACAACUGGCGGCAGCGGGCGGGGCCGCGGUGAGUUUGACGCAAACAGGUCGUGUCGCUGCUCAAGCAGAGGGUCUUCAUCCGGGAGGACGUCAAAGCGGACCCUCCUCCUCUUCUUCUUGGGGCGAAACCUUGCGGCAUCUGGUGAGUCGCGAGCAAAAAGCGGAAAUUGGCCGGAGCACAGAGGGAGUGAAAGAUUCGUUGCUUGAACCGUUGAAGAAGGGAGGGAUGAGCGCUGUUCUGCAGGAUGAUCUGAACUCGUGGCCAGCUCCGCAAUUUGGCCAGGAGCCGGCAGUAUCUUUUUCAGGUGCGACGCUCCAUGCACCUAAUCAAGAAUACGUGGGUCGCGGCCGCGAGCGGCUUUGUAGGUACACGGAUGGGGGGAGUAAAAGUAGCAGCUCCUCGUUCUGGCAUGCUUCAAUAUUUUCCGAAACGUCCGCGGCAAAGAGAAGACGGCUGCAGGGCAUGGAGAGCAUCUUGGAAGCCCCGAGGACACAAGACGUGCGGAUCGACAGCACCAGCACUGAUCCAAAACACCUGCUCCCUGGUCGUCCGCAGGCUUUCGUAGAGACCCUCUUCGAGCGCAACCUUGAGAUCAGUACCGGCGAAGCGAAAGACCUGCAGAGCCUGGUCGAGGGUAUGGCGAAAGCGGUGCGGCUGAGCCAGCUGCGCAUGGCGGUCGCGGUGGAUGCGCUGUUUGAACGCGACGAGAUUAACCAGCGCUGCGAGAGCAUCAAAUUUCACUCCGCGUUGGCGGAACAACAGUACAAAAUGUGGCUCGCGGACGUCCAGAACGUGCAACGGGUGGUGCUACAGAUGGCAAAAGGCGUUUUGCGGCCCAGCGAAUGGCUGAGCGGUCCCGGCCACGCAGUCAGCUUUCUCUCCGCGGGCUUUUCCCGGGAGGCCAUCGCGCCGUUGGACCAGUACAUCGUGGAUGGAACCACGUUUCAGAAAUUUCUGGGAUAUUUCCGGUUUCUGACUGGAAUGAAAGCGGAGGAGAUUUCGCCUAUUCUUCCAAGUGUAUCCGCCGUUUAAAGGAUUGAUGUUCCGAUUCCUUUAAAUGGUAACUGGAAAUGGAGGUAGUGCUGCGGGUACGGAUUUUGUAUGAUGAUCUCAUUUAUCAAUCGUUUAGAUUUUUUCAUAUAUUCAUGAUCUCUCAAUAAACUCUAAGAUAUGACCACCUGGAAAAGGCGUGAAUUACAUAUGUUUUUGUAUGAUAUUGAAUGAUUGUAACUUGUACGAAAUUGGAGCUUUUGAACAAUACCAGAGUGUAUUCCUGUAGGUGCAAAAAGAAAUUUGGAAGAAGGGAGCACUUGAAGAAGAUUUCCGUACGUAAAAUGGGGACGAGAGCGAGUGAUUUCUCGGCCUUCG